AUGUCGCUCGUCCCUUGGGCGCAGGAAAUCAACUUUGGAAGCGCAUUACUCUUGCAUUCUUGCAUCACAAUUUUUCUGAAAGAGAUUAGCAACAGGUUUACGAUUCUAUAUAUUCUCGCAGAUCGUCACAGGAACAAAGCCGAUUCUAGGCCACCGAUUGUACUUGAUGGCUACACUUCCGUCUUCUCGCGAGAUCACAGAGGCGAGCUCGUAGAGCUAUACUUCACCAAUACUGGCUUUGUCCUCUUGAUUGUCUCACUUGCCUUGGCCAUCCCGAUGAACCUACAUCUCCCAACCACAGCACUCAACGUCAUCAUUGCGACAACUUUUGGCUUGACGUUUCUUGCAUCAGCAUUGGUCGCAUGCCGGAAGAAAAGCCUUGUCAUGCCCGUCAUGGCACUGAGAAGAGCUGGCCGCUUUAUCCGGCCCGAUACCCCGUUCAUUGCCAUUCUUGAGCUGGUGUUCAUGAAGGCAAACCUAGAGGCAUCUUCUGCAGACAUACAGCAGACAAUGUUGGAGCGCCUCAUUGAUAGUGAGUACGUCUGUAUUAAGAGUCUUGAUAGCCCACCAGAACGGCUCCCAGAUCACGCUCACUGCAUCGCCGCUUCUAAGUCGCGACCGCAUCGUCUCUUUCAGAAGCCCACAACGCCUCUCUGUAUGCUCUACAAAACCACAAUUGGCCACGCUGAUGGCUCACUCUGUGGCGGAUAUGGGCCCGUGAGGAUCAAGGUCCCCAGGGACGUAGGCUUCUUCAUCGACGAAUCUGAAGAUCUUGGCUGGCGCAUCUACCGCAUCUCGUCCGAUUUAUUACUCAUCGAAGACUGUGUGCAAGUAAUGAUCAAGAAGUUCCAGGGGAGAGCGCCGACAAAGGAACGGCGUGGUGUCAUGCCCCUCGUCAACCGAAUUGAAGCUUGGACUCAUGGUGUGUUGCUACGGCGACUUGGCAGGCGCAGAGUAGUUUGGGUAUCAAAGAUAGAGGGUAAAGGGACACAAGAAGACUGCUGGAAGGGUAAUGUGAAUAUUGUAACUGGCUUGAAAGCAAGCUGGUUGCACAAUCGGCAGAAGUUCACACCGGUAGUGGACUAUGAAGGAGACAAUGAGCUAAUUUGCUAUGUGAUUGUACGCUAG